UUUCAUUACGAGAAGAAGGGAAUUCCGUUUGAAAAUAAUUAUAUUUCAUGGUUUUUCUGUACGUGAAUGUAAAUUUGGUUCUUGAAGGACGAUGCAGAGACUUUAAUGGUCCGAAUGAAAAGCAAUGAACAUUGAAAGUGAGGGCUCUAAAGGUUCUGAAAGUGUGAUCAAUGUCCUGGAUGCAAUACUUGGUGAAGAUGAACUAACCACUACUGCAAGUGAUGCUGUUGUUAAUGUAUUAGACGCUAUAUUGGAAGGUGAAAACGACCUCAAUACUGACGUCAAAGACGAUAAAGGUAUCAAAGUUAAAACUCCAACAAAAAUAAACAAAUCUCCUGUUAAAAAGACAGUUAAAUCAACAGAAGUAAAUACUCCUAGCCCAGAUAAAAAGAAAAUCAGAAAACCUGAAGGUGUAGAGAAGAUGGUAGAAGAGGAUGACAAAUUAAACCUGAGUUUAUCAGCUGAUGAAACAGAUGAAAUAAAACCAGUACAAGAGAAUAUGGAAUAUGAUACACGCAGCGAGGCUGAAAGUUCCUUCUCAGGUUCAGAUAAUGAUGAAGGUGGAAAGAAAAGACGUAGAAAACGUAAAUCGUCUGAUCAACGUGAUAUUUCACCAAUACAGUGGGAUCAAACUAGUAACCAUAGUGAUGAUGAUUCUAGACGAGCUAGAUCUAAGAUAAAGUAUGUGUUUCGAAACGCCUGCUAUUUUCUAAUCAAGAGUAAUAAUCAUGAGAAUGUGGCCCUGGCUAAAGCUAAAGGGGUGUGGUCAACGCCACCCCAAAAUGAAGCCAGACUGAAUCAAGCUUUUAGGGAAUAUGAUAAUGUUAUUCUGAUAUUUUCUGUCAAAGAAAGUGGAAGGUUUCAAGGGUUUGCUAGAGUGUCAGAAGAAGCUACAAAAGAUCAUCCACCAAUACGCUGGGUUUUACCACCUGGUAUGUCAGCUAGAGCCUUGAGCGGUGUCUUUAAAUUAGACUGGAUUACUAGACAUGAUUUAUCAUUUACUAAAGUAAAUCAUCUUCACAAUCCAUGGAAUGAUAAUUUACCUGUCAAGAUAGGAAGAGAUGGACAGGAAAUAGAACCAACAUGUGGAGAAACUUUAUGUCGCUUGUUUCCUGCCGAUGAUAAUAUAGAUCUUAUCGCCAUCGCGAAGAAAAUAGUCAAAUCUGGAAAACGUACUGUACAUCACCCAGAGAAAACGAGAGAAAAAUUUCAAACAACCCGUCGAGGGGGAGGAUCAGCUGGAGUAUUUAAUAGGUUAGGAAUUAUUACUGUGUUUGGUGAAAUUGAUGUUCACGGACGAGGAUUGACCUAGCGUCAGAAUUCUUGGUUAAUAUUUGCUGAUUAUCUCAAAAUCAAAUAUCAAAUGAACCACUGUCUUUCCUCAAGAAAGGCCAGGUUUUGUUCAAUGAACAUUCAUGAAACUUAUUACUUAAGUUCACAAAGGUUUCCAAUCAUAAUGAAACUUAUAAAAUCAUAGUUUUAAAAUGGUGGUAAGUAUGUAGACUUGAUCAUCCAAACUAAAAUAGUCCAGAUUAUCAGGUUGUAUUAUAAUUUUUCCGAGGGUGUUUCAGGCCCAGAAUCAAGUUUUUAACAGACUUAAUUCUCUCAACAUUGAGUUCAAGUGUUUAAAAUUCAUUAAAAAAACUUUGAAAAUAUCACUAAGUGUUGCCAUAGUGAUGUUUCAAAAUGGAAACGAGCUAAAAAUAGACUUUUGUGAAGUUAAGUCAUCCAUCCAGGACUUCAAACAAAUCCAUUGCCAAAUGAAGAUUUUGCCAAAUUUUGGACUAAAAUCGUACAUUUGUGCCAGUCCACCAACCAUCAUGUAAAGUACUUGCUUCCCAGGAGUAGUGUCAAUCGAUUCCACACAAAAUCAUGAACUAUUCCCAAAUUCUCGACAAAUCAUGAACUGAUUUCUUAUCAUUAAUGUGAAUAUGAAAUGAACUUUCACUAAAACCACAAAAACGGCAAAUCUAAAAGUUCCAAAUUUGGACUAAAAAGAAUAAAAAGUGUUAAAAUAUCAUUUGGACUUGCAAAUCUAAGAGAGGACUAAAGUUCAUUAUUAUUUGAACUAGUUCAGGGACUAAAACAUAGUUCUUUUGGACAGAGGUUUGUGGCAGGGUUUUAUAUUGUGUUUAAGGGACUAAUGUUCAGGUAGUGUUUUUACUCUGAACAUAAUUUGGGGACUUGAAUCAUGAUUUGGGAUUAUUAUUGUGUUAAUGUGUGACUGCCUUUAAAGGAUUAUUCCUGUUGAAUGCAGAACAAAACCUGUUAUACUGACGCAGACCUGGUGGCCGUGAUGAUUUUUAUGAUAGACCUCG